AUGGUUGCGGCGGAGUUUAUGUCGCAGCUGGAGCAGCUGCGCUUCGUCGAAUCUACGGGGUUGGAUGACUUCGCUGAUAGAUGUUCCUAUUUGCUUUCAUUCAUUGUUUUGGUGAUGUGCUUUACAAUUGUAACCCUCAAGUCAUAUGUGUUCGAGCCUAUGUCUUGCUAUGCUGCGACUACUUAUUCUGGCUCCGGAAUGGGCUCUUACAUUAAUGCGUUUUGUUGGGUCAACGGGACAGUACCGGCGAACGUGGACACGGAGCGGCUUGAAGACUCAGCAUACUGGGACGAAUUAGAGAAAAAAAAAUUGAGUAAGUUAUACAAAUCUGUGUAA